CAUCAAUUGAUUACAAAACAUUUCGAAUUCAAUUACUCAUAAUCAAAUUAUUUUAAAAAUGGAACUUCAUAAAAGAUUAGUUCGAUUACAAAAAGCAGCAGCAGAGGAAACAAAACCAUCAAAUCCACCACUUAACGAAAGCAACACAUCAAACAACAGCGACAAGUCAAUUCCUCCACCAAGAAGACGAGGAAGUCCAUCACCAUCAUACAACAUGUUUAAGUCACUAGAACAUCACAGUGGAUGCUCAUGGCGUAAACCAAACUUUCAAUAUGGAAAUGGAAUUUUAGGGCUGCAUCAAGAAAUCGAGCAGUUUUAUGCACACAUGUUACCAACUCCACUUGAACAUACAGCAAGAUUGGAAGUCAUUUCAAGAAUUGAAUCGUUGAUUGUAAAGCUAUUUCCACAUGCCAGCGUUGAAGUUUAUGGAUCAUUUCGUACAGCAUUGUACUUACCAACAAGUGACAUUGAUAUGGUUGUGAUUGGAGAUUGGCAGAAUUUGCCAUUAAGGAUGAUAGAAAAUGAACUGAUUAUGAAUCUUAUAGCUGAGCCACAUGCUGUAAAAGUUCUAGAUAAAGCUACAGUUCCAAUCAUCAAGUUAACAGACACAAAAACUCAAAUCAAAGUUGACAUUUCAUUUAACAUGAGUUCAGGUAUUCAAACUGCUGAGCUUAUUCGAGAAUAUAAACGUCAAUAUCCAGUGCUAUCAAAAUUGGUGAUGGUCGUUAAGCAGUUCUUGUUGCAACAUGACUUGAAUGAAGUUUUUACUGGUGGCAUCUCAUCAUAUUCAUUGAUCCUGAUGUGCAUAAGCUUUCUGCAACUUCAUCCAAGACAGAAUUUUAAGAAUGUCAAUUUGGGGCUUUUGCUGCUUGAAUUCUUGGAAUUGUAUGGACGAAAAUUCAAUUACUUAACAACAGGCAUCAGCAUCAAAAACGGAGGCAGAUAUGUCGACAAAGAUGUUUUACAGAAACAAAUGAAAGCGGACUUACUUUAUCCAAGUAUUUUGUGUAUUGAAGAUCCACUAACACCCGGCAAUGACGUAGGAAAGGCAUCACAUGGAGCACUUCAAGUUAGAGAAGCUUUUGAACAUGCUUACAUUACUUUAUGUCAAGCUGUUGCACCGAACAAUACUCAACUUAAUGACUGCAACAAGCAAAGCAUAUUAGGACGUAUAAUAAGAAUUAGUGAUGAAGUCAUUGGAUUUCGUGGAUGGAUUCAAGCUGAAAUUGUGAGAAGAUUGAUGCGUGAAAAGCUGGCAUCCAGGAAACUGAAAAAUAAGUCAAAUGAAAGUCGAUCAAGUUCUAGUUCUGAUGAUGUUUCUGAAUUCAAUGAGAGUCAUGAUUAGAAUAACUUGUCGAAUCGGUCGUGAAUGGUAAUAGAUUCACGGGUUUUAGUAUUAAUUGACAAAAAUCUUCAAUUUGAGAUUUAUAAGAAUAAGUUUAUUUUAAUGUAAAUAUUUAAUUU